AUGGCCUUCACCCUUUUGUUCUUCAUCCAUCAACUCGUUCUUGCAACUCAUUGUUCACUCAGUCUCGACUCGGGAGAAUAAGAAUUAGACUUAUGAAACGUUUGAAUUUGAUGGCUGCCAAGGAUAAGGUUAGUGGUAUCAAGGGAGGAAAUGGAAAAGUUAGUGGGGUGGUUAAAGAGGUGCACUACAGAGGUGUGAGGAAGAGACCAUGGGGCCGCUACGCCGCCGAAAUCCGUGACCCGAGUAAGCGGAGUCGGGUUUGGUUGGGUACUUUUGACACGGCGGAAGAGGCGGCGCGGGCAUAUGACGCCGCUGCAAGGGAGUUUCGUGGGCCUAAGGCUAAAACCAAUUUUCUCUUGCCCUCUGAGGACCAUAGUCCCAGCCACAGCAGCACCGUGGAGUCGUCCAUUGCCGAUAACAAACAGCACGCGCCGAUCGAGCUGGAUCUCACGCGCCGCCUUGGUGCCGCCACCGCCGAGGUGGACGAAAUCGGUGCUGGUGGUGUUGGGGGUCGUCUUCAUGUUAAUGGGUAUCAAUUUUUGCACCAUCGGCCGACCAUGGCGUUGAUGCCAAAUGGACAGCAGGUUUUUUUCUUCGAGCAAUUGAUGCAGCCCCUGAUGGUAGACCACCGUGCCGGAUCCUACCUGCCGAACACGGUGGCAGUUGAUUAUCGUAGUGGCGGCGCCGCACAGAGUGAUUCAGAUUCUUCCUCUGUUGUUGAUGGAACUGACACAAUUGCAAAGAGGGGCCUUGAUCUCGAUCUUAAUCUGCCUCCAUUAGUGGAGCUUGAACCUUAAUCAUGACGUCAGUAAAUAACUUCGAAAUGUUUUAUUUUGUUAUUUUCUUUUUCUUUUUUCUUUUUUUCAGCCGACGAAAUUAGUUGUAAUUUCUUUGGUUGUUAAUUAAUGACUGUGUUGACGGCCGGCUGUUUAGAUCUUUCAAAUAGAAUUCAUUCCCUUUUUUGGCUAAA